AUGCGGCCACUAUCUAUGCGCCCCUCCAGGCGCAUCUCGGCCUUCCGCCCAGCUCUGCGCAUCUCCGCAUCCUUCUCCGUCACCGAAAUCGCAACUCGCCGAUUCACUAUAGCUACCGCGGCCUCGCCCGUGCCCCCCAGACAUCACACAGUCAACUGGAAACGUACAGUUUAUUCACCUCAUCGUCUACCAGCGGUCGCAUUUUCCACAUCAUCCGUCCAGCGUGCCACCAAGGUCACGCAAAAUCCUCGGACUGGAGAAGAUGGAGAGACACUCAUGAUCAACAUAUCUCCCCGCGCAGUGGCGCGCCUCUGUGAGAUCACCGACCCGGCCGCUUCGCCUUCUGCGACCAAGAAAGAAAAUCCCUACCAUCAUCUCCGCAUUACCGUUACCAGUGGUGGCUGCCAUGGCUUCCAGUACCUAAUGUCGCUUGAAUCCGCGGAAAAGAUCGACCCAGAGGAGGAUACCGUUUUUGAGGGGGAGGCGGAUCCGUCCGAGACCAGCUCAAAUGCUGCCGGCACAGCAAAGGUUAUUAUGGAUGAACCUUCCCUCGAGUUACUUUCUGGCAGCACUGUCGAUUAUACCACUGAAUUGAUCGGAAGUCAGUUCAAGAUCGUGGACAAUCCACGGGCCACGAGUAAUUGCGGGUGCGGCACCAGCUUUGACGUGAUGGAUUGA